ACCGAAUUAUAGUUAAUUGUUGUGCGGCGCGGAAAUCCGCGCCUGGCGCCCAGAAAAUUAGAGCAUUUUCGGAGUUACCGUUCAAGCAGGCUACCGUUUUCGGACGUUACCGAUCUCGCGAGGAAGCGUUACCCGCGAACUAUUAGACAACUAUUGCUGUUAAUUGGGCGUAGCUCCGCGGACCCGGCGGUUCCCGACGAAAGCCACGUCGCAAAUUUUGGCGCCCAACGUGGGGCCCACGCCGCCGUUACAGUAAAAUAAUUAAGUGGAGAAUCGGAGAAAAGGCGGUCGUGGACGAGAGAUUAUACUAUUGAGAUAUUUAUGUUACUGUUUCCUUGUGUUUGACCUUUCUUUAUUUGACGCUCGUUUCCUUGCUUACUCCGACUUUGGAGAGGAUUAUUUUUGUGCCAUAUAUUGUGUUGUUCCCGGCUGACGAGUAUUACUCCGACCUUGGAAUUCCGGUGCCUACCGUGCGCGCGCUUUGUUUACGGUGUGCGCUGAGCCACUACUUGCGCGACAUUUGGUUACGCUCCGAAAAUUUUUUUUUUAUCUCUCUCUGUGUAUCGCCUGUGGGAGAAUUAAUGCAGUUUCCGUAGAGAUUAAUCUGAUUUCCCGAUACUUUUGUAUUGUCGCCUACCGCUGUAUAUUAAAAGCAGCGAUUAUUGCUGUGAGAUCGUGGAGUCUUGGAAAUAUUAUUGCAACUACUUAUUAUUAUUGUUAAUAUUGCUAAUAUUCGUGCCCUUGGAAGUUGCCUUUAGGCUUACCGAGAGCAUUCACGUUAAGGUGGGGUGGGGAAUCGAAAGAGAAAUUUUAGUCAGCUGAUGAGCUCCGAUUUCUCGCGGCCUUCGCUUUGUUUACGUUUCGUGCGCUCGCGAUACCUUUCGUUCGGCCUGUUGGUUGCGUGCUCGUGUUUACCUAUCGAGUGACUUAUUAUUCCGCUUUUCUCUCGUAUUUCGACAGUAAGGGCCGCUUUAUUUUUCACAUUGAAUGAGAUAUUGUGAAUUACCGGAGAUUACACCUUAAUUCUCGCGCGGUUGAAGACUACCGCUGUCCGGCCUGAUACCGAUUAGAAGGGGGUGAGUCACCGAUCUGGUCUGUAAAAAUACCAUCAAAUAAAAAAAAAAGAUGACAGAUAGAGAUCCGCAUCAGUGGAUCCAAAAAUUAACGGAGGAGCAGGCGCGACAGCACCUGACGGAUCGAGGGCUCGAUAUUCGGGGGAUAUUGCCUGUUCUCCGGGCGCGGUUGGCGCGAUAUGAGGAAGCGAUCCUCAGGGGGGCGACACCCUCCGGGACCCCCGACCCCGUAGAGGCCAUUAGCGAUCCAUUCGAGGGCCUGGGAGCCGCGGAGCCAGGGCCUAGCAUUCCGUCUUUUACUAUUGGUGAUUUCGGUGUCGGGAACCGAGUAGUGCGUUCGCCGCCUGCGGAAAAUAGUACCGCUAAGGGGGAGCACGGGGGGAUGGGCGCGAGGAAGCGGGAAUACGAGUACACGUUUCCCCCGCGAGCAGAUCCCGUCCCGUCGCACACCGGUCGACGCUCGCCGCGUAGCUCGGCGGCCGACGCGUAUAAUUUAAUGAGGAAGUGGAAUCUCCAUUUCUCGGGAAGUAAAAAUUGCGAUGCAGAGGCGUUUCUGACGCGCAUCAAAGAGGCCCGCUCCAUUCUUCCUGUUACCGAUGCCGAUCUAUUCAAGUGUUUACCGAUAUUUAUGUCCGAUGCCGCGCUGUACUGGGUUAGAUUAGAGAGUGAAAAUUGGCGAAAUUGGCAGGAUUUUGAGACCGCGUGGCGCGUUCGGUUUGGCGAUCCCGACUACCAGUACGCGCUCCGGGAGGAAGUAAUGCGGCGAACGCAGGGCGAGCAAGAAUCCGCGGCGGAUUAUUUGACUCGCUUGCGUACGCUGCUCGCGAAGAUGACUCCCCCGUGGUCGUUGCAGGAGCAGUUAAAUUUUGCUUAUCGAAACUUGUUACCGCGUUUGCGGCUCGUGGUCCAGCGACACGAUUUUACCUGUUUCCGUUCCAUGGAGGAACUGGUCACGCGGAUGGAGCGAAAUUACGCCGCGGAGAAAUGCUACCGACCCCCCCUCCCACCGGAACAGUCACUUUUCCCGGAACUGGCAUACCACGCGCCGAAGGGGAAGGCCAAAAGUCCGGGAACCGUCGCGGCGAUAAGCACGACCAACUCGGGGGCGAGUAGGGGGAGGACGCGAGCCCCCAGGGCUUCCGCGGAGAUCGCCGCGGGCUCGUCGACGAGUAACCCCCUCACUACACCGAGCGGUACGAUAUCGGCGGCGGCUGCUUCCAACGAUGUAAAAUGUUGGAACUGCGAAAAGAUAGGUCACCGCGCGCGAGAUUGUACGGAGCCGCGGCGGACACAUUGUUACCGUUGCGGUAAACGUGGGUAUACCGUGAGAACCUGCCCGUCGUGCUCGGGAAACGCGAGCGGGAGUCAGUAGAGCGGGUACCUGCGACUCCAGGCCAGGGAGGCGAGACCCGAACGAUAGAUACCGAUACCGAGACAUUAUGCUACUCGUAUGGCACCUUCGAGGACGUACCGCUACCGCCCCUCCGAUAUUUUUAUAUCAAAAUACGUCAGUAUACGCUCCCAGCUUUAGUCGAUUCCGGAUCAAAUAGAACUCUUCUCGGCCGCGAGGGCAUAAAAAUAGUAAGGACAUUGGAGCUCCCCACCGAACAGGAGAGGGGCGUACAGAUCCGUACAGCCAACGGACAAAUAGCUACCAUCCGCGAGAAAGUUAGGCUACCGAUAGACUUGAAGGAAAAAAG